CGCGGAAACAAAAGGCAAAACCAGUCUUUCAUAACAAACAGCUACGAAUCGGCACAAACUGAGAGCAGUUUUAGUUUGACAGCGGUCAAGGUCGGCACGUUAUCCCCGUUUAGGUCAACACAGAGCUUUGAAAUGGCUUUGAAAAGAAUAAAUAAGGAGUACACCGACUUACAGAGGGAUCCUCCUUCAUCUUGUUCAGCUGGACCUGUCGGGGAUGAUAUGUUUCACUGGCAAGCAUCCAUCGCGGGACCGUGUGACAGUCCUUAUCAUGGUGGAAUAUUUUUCCUGUCAGUCCACUUCCCUACUGACUACCCUUUUAAACCACCAAAGAUUUCCUUUACAACAAAAAUCUAUCACCCGAACAUAAACAGCAAUGGUAGCAUCUGCCUCGACAUCUUGAGGUCGCAGUGGUCGCCAGCACUCACUGUUUCUAAAGUCCUGUUAUCCAUAUGCUCGUUGCUAUGCGACCCAAACCCAGAUGACCCUUUAGUCCCAGACAUUGCACGCAUAUACAAGUCUGACAGACAAACGUACAACAAACUAGCGAAAGAGUGGACUCAGAAAUAUGCAAUGUGAUUGCUGGGCUCUUCUUCACUUCCUCACCCACACUGGUUCCAUUCAAGUGUUUUGUUUCUUUAUUUUAUAUACGCUUGAAGCACCUUUAUUCUUCUGACUUGACCUUUUGUUUAUACCCUUUUUACUUCAUUCUUAAAUUGGCAUUAUUAUUAUUGUCGCUAUUGCGCUAGUGCGAUGAUCGUGUUGGGAUUACCUAAUUUUAUUUUCCUUUUAAGAUAUCAGUGGAGAAACUAUCUGAUUUUGAAUACAUAUUAAGGGGAUUGUGACUUUUGUUUCCUCAUAAAUAAAUAAAAAAAAUAUAUAAACUAU